CACUCCGACACAAAACAUUUUUUUACAAGUCGCAUCUCUCAUUACUGACAAUAUGUGGAUUUGUCAAUUUGUGGACAAUGAACUGCAAAUUUCCGGUAAUGAGAUUGCAAAUGAGGCUUACGGAUAAAACUUUAACGGACUGGUCGUCUUUUUGUCGUGAAGUGGCAUAUGACAUGAUGGUGAUCAAUAAGACGAAAUUGGGUGGAUAUGGUCACAUCGUCGAAAUUAACGAAUCCAAAUUCGGACGUCGGAAACACCACAGGGGCCAUAGAGUCGAAGGCCAAUGGGUAUUUGGAGGCUAUGAGAGGGAAACUGGUAAGUGUUUCAUGGUCACGGUUGAGAACCGUAGUGCCACAACCCUCCUCGCCGUCAUAAAGGAGUGGAUAAAACCCGGAACAACUAUUAUAUCAGAUUGUUGGAAGGUAGUAUACUUUUGCAUACAUUUAAAUUAUAAAUGUAAUAAAUUAUUUUAUUUUAGGCUUACAAUACCUUAAAAGAUGAAGGCUAUGUUCACAUGACUGUGAACCAUAGUCUUCACUUUAAAGAUCCGGUAACAGGUGUGCACUCCAACACCAUUGAAAGUACAUGGAGACAUUCCAAACAAUCAAUGUCAAAUUAUUGCCGGAAAAAGUCUUUUUAUGCUGGGUAUUUAGCCAAAUUUAUGUUUAC